AUGAGAAAGAAUGUAAACGUUAUCGGAGCCGGUGUCUCCGGCCUUACCACCGCUCUUGAACUCCAGAAUGACAGAUUUCAAGUGACAGUAAUUGCCGACCGUUUCCCUGGAGACCUCUCCAUAGAUUAUUGUAGUCCCAAUGCGGGUGCCCAAUGGCGUGGGGACGGGCGUUACGCUCCCGGUUCUCUCGAUGCUAAAAUACACGGAUACACUUUCAAGAAGUUGUACAACUUGGCCGAGACUGUGCCUGCUAGUAGUGUUACAUGCAUGAAUCUUGAGGAAUAUGUCGAUGACACUGAAGCAUCAAGCCACAAAGACCCUUGGUUCAAGGAUUUGGUUCCCAAUGUAAUACCUCAAGCUCAAUUACCAGCCGGUGCUAAAAGUGGUAUAUCUUAUACAACAGUGGCGAUUGACGUUCCAAAGUAUUUGAAAUGGCUGUUGCAGCAGUUUAUUGCUGCCGGAGGGAAGACGCAGAGAUGCCAUCUCGCACACGUCAAAGGAGCAUUUGGCGAGAAUGUUGACGUCGUAGUCAAUUGUACUGGAAUUAGAGCACGUACUUUGGGGGGCAUUGAAGAUCAAACUGUGUAUCCAACGAGGGGACAGACUAUACUGGUGUGGGCGCCACACGUGAAAUCCAUGAAGACACUAACUAAUGCUAUACCAUUUGGUUACAGUAGACUUUGUGGUAUAAGUUAUAUUGACGAAGAUGUUGUGAAGACUGACAUGCGUCCAUUAAGACAAGCCAUGAUGCUGGUUGAAAUCUAUCUGCUAUAUAGGCGAAACGACUUCCUAACUCCUAAUGUACGCAUGGCGUCGUCCGGGAACGUCAUCCUGGGCGGCACCAUGGAUGAUAACCGCUUCGACUUGUUCCCGGAUAAGGAGAUAGCAGAGGGCAUAAUACGCCGGUGCACCGCACUUUACCCGGCUCUGACCGCCGGAAAGGAGCUGGAAAUUAUUUCGCAUAACGUUGGGUUGCGUCCUUCGCGUGUCAAAGGACUGCGGUUAGAAACUGAGAUUGCGAAAAAUGCAGCCGGUAAAGAGAUUAUUAUAUGCCAUAAUUAUGGUCAUCAUUCAUAUGGAUAUCAAGCCAGUUGGGGGGCAAGCAAUGAAGCCCUCCAGCUUAUCAAAAAGGCUCUAUCAAGCCAGGGGAAAGAUGUUGAGUCAAAGCUGUGA